AUGAUUACAGCCAUGAAGCGAAAAGUCCUCGAUGGGCUAAACAGGAAAUAUAUCCAUGGUCGCGUGCCCCUCCUGCACACGAUCAUCUUCCUCAUCGAGAUGGCUGUAGCUACUCGCCUCGCGGCCAAAUUCAACACCUACUAUGCUGAAAAGCCAGUUCUCACGACCAUGGUCACCAACGCCGUGCUUGGUGGCGUGGCCGACACCGUUGCCCAACUUAUCACGGCAUUCCGAUUCCGCUCGCAGCAACGAACACAAGAAGAUAACGAUUUCAUUUCGAUAGAAAUCAAUGAUUUGGACAAGCAGAAGCCCCCUGCUAUCGGGGAGCUGGGAUAUGCUCGAUCCUCGCCACCACCAUUCGACUUCGAACGCCUCACUCGAUUCAUGGCAUAUGGUUUCUUCAUGGCACCGGUGCAAUUCCAGUGGUUCGGCUUCUUGUCUAGGACGUUCCCUCUUACCAAGAUGAACCCUAGCGUCCCAGUUUUCAAGCGCGUGGCCUUUGACCAGCUUAUGUUCGCGCCUUUCGGUCUGGCUUGCUUCUUCACCUACAUGACUAUUGCCGAAGGUGGAGGCAAGAGAGCGUUGACGGCAAAGUUCCGAGAUGUGUACCUGCCGACACUGAAGGCCAAUUUUGUGCUGUGGCCGGCGGUACAGAUUCUCAACUUCCGGGUGAUUCCCAUCCAAUUCCAGAUUCCAUUUGUUUCGUCCGUUGGUAUCGCGUGGACCGCAUAUCUAUCGCUCACCAAUUCCUCCGAGGCGUCUUGA